AUGCUUACACGCCAUCCAUUUUUGCAGCAGGAUUUCUUUCGACGACCUUUGGAGGAAAACGAUCGUAGACGCUUUUUAUAUGCUUGUUCUAAAAAUACUUUACCAAACUACGAUCCUUCCAAGCUCAACAAAGUUCAAGUCAUCGCAAACAAUAAGCAUACGGAUUCACAGCUU